CCUUCGCCGUUAAGGCAACCCAUCACAUUAAGCCUUGAGUCAACAACAAGCAAAGGAUCCACUCCACCUCAUUCUAAAUACCAAUCGUUUUGACCGCUGAAUCGGUUGAGCCAUGGCGUUACAGUGGAUAAUUCUCACUUACGUGGUGGCAGCUGAGGCCGCCAUCGCCCUUCUCUUGACCGUCCCUGCACCAAAACUCUUGAAGAAACGUUUUGUUUCUCUUAUUUCCUUUAUUCUUCAGCCGUGCCUCUUCGUCGUCCCCUUCGCUUCGUUUCAGCUUCUGGAUCUCUAUUGGAAGAACGAGCAUCGGUUGAUGUGUACCUCUGAGAUCUGCACGGCUGCUGAGCGAGAUCGAUAUGAGAGAUCUAUAUACAAAGCUCAAGGGAACGUGAUUCUGUGUGUUGCAGCAUGCUUUCUUUACUGGUCUAUCUACCGCAUUUGCAAAUUUUACAAUGAAAUUCAGAGUUUGGAGGAAGUAGAAAAGAGAUACAAGGAUGAGUAAACUUCUCAUCUGCGUCCCUCUUUUAAAUUUAGUGUGGAUGAAUGUGUUGAUUUACGGUAAACUUUGCAUUGAAACUUGACAUUUCCUUCUGGAUUUAUGUCACAAAUUUCAUAUACUUGUGUGUUAGUGUAUCGGUGUCCUCUGGCGGACUGUUUUUUUCUUGUAGCUCUGAAGCUGCUGCAGCGUGUUACAAUGGAAGCUAGAGCAUGAAUAUAAUUCACCCUAAAGUUUCUUUAUAA